AUGAGACCAUUUGAUAGUGGUCAUGAAGAUUUGGUUCAUGAUGUCUCUUAUGACUUUUACGGCAGGCACGUUGCAACCUGUUCAUCAGAUCAGCAUAUCAAGGUAUUCAGCCUUGACAAAGACACUAAUGAUUGGCAGUUAAGUGAUUCGUGGAGAGCUCACAAUAGUAGCAUAGUAUCGCUAGAUUGGGCAAGUCCAGAAUACGGCCGUAUCAUUGCUUCAGGGUCAUACGACAAGACGGUCAAGCUUUGGGAAGAAGACCCUGAUCAGGAGGAGUGCUCGGGACGUCGUUGGAACAAAUUAUGCACACUCAAUGAUUCUAAAGGUGCUUUGUACGAUGUUAAAUUUGCACCUGCUCAUUUGGGACUAAGGUUGGCCUGUAUUGGCAAUGACGGCACAUUCAGGACGUACGAUGCCCUUGAGCCUUCGGAUCUGAGAUCGUGGACAUUAACUUCGGAGAUCAAAGUGCUGUCGGUAUCUCCAGCAAGUCACUUGCAAUCAGAUUUUUGUUUAUCCUGGUGUCCUUCGAGGUUUUCCCCGGAAAAGAUCGCAGUUUGCGCCUUAGACCAAGCACUAAUAUAUCAAAGAGGAAAGGAUAACAAAUUGCACGUAACUGCAAAGCUCGAAGGACAUGGCGGCCUGAUCAGAAGUGUGAGCUGGGCGCCCUCCAUCGGAAAAUGGUACCAAUUGAUAGCAACAGGCUGUAAAGACGGCAAAGUACGCAUUUUCAAGCUGACUGAGAGGCCAGUGGCCCAUUCCGCCUCCUCCUUUGUGGGCAGCUAUGAUGACGACGCUAGCAUGGAUAAAGUGGAUUCGCUAGAUUUGCACGUAGAACUCAUCAGUGAGCACGACGAUCAUAAAAGUGAAGUAUGGUCCGUAUCUUGGAACCUCACAGGCACCAUACUCAGCAGUGCAGGUGACGAUGGCAAGGUACGUCUGUGGAGGUCGAGUUACUCCAGCGAAUUUAAGUGCAUGUCCGUGAUCAGCGCCCAGCAACAGCAACAGCAGCAGCCGACGUUCCAAGAACGGUCACAAGAUCCAUAG